AUUUUCAAUAUUUCAAUGCGCAAGAGAGUCACGUUCAGUUGGUUAUUCAAAAGUUCGCGUUUAUUUUCCGAAUAAUUUAUAAUUAAUUCAAAGGAAUUAAAUGCGUAUUACAAAAUAAUAAAAAACACAAACCUAAUAUAGUGAUAUAAACAUAUUUGUUUCAAAUUUAUUUUUUUGAGUGGAGUUUAAGUGAAGUAAAGUCCGCAUUACAAACAAUAAACAAUUGUGUUGCGGUGACAGUCGACCACCAAUAAAGAAAACGAUAAGUCGAAAGGAUAUAACAAUAAUUAGCAAAGAUGCGACCAUUUGGCAAUGACAUCACAAAUAUCGCCAAUAACGCUGGAAGCGGAGGCGGAAAUGGCGAUGAUCGUUCAAAUGGCAAUGGCAAUGGCAAUGACAACAAUCAAAUCAACAGAGGCAGUGCCGAGACGGACACCUCCGGCAGUAAUGUUGGACUGGAGACCGAAGCAGAUCCACGCAUACCGCCACAUAUAGCCAGGAUUGGAGGCAUUCUCACAUUCUCGCCAAUCGCCGGACGUGGAGUUAUACGCGUGGUGCAACGCUGUGAAGACGCUAAGGAGAAUCACAAACUGGAUCUAUCAAAAUGUGAGCUAAUGCAAAUACCAGAUGCAGUUUAUCACUUGAUGCGAAAUACAGAGCUACAGACUUGCAACUUAAGUGGCAAUGUGCUGAAGAAAGUGACACCAAAGUUUGCGCUGAAGUUCAGCGCCAUUACAGAUCUCAAUCUAUCACAUAAUCAGCUUACGAAACUGCCAGACGAAUUUGCCAAUCUUAGUGCUUUAACCACAUUAAAUAUAUCUCACAAUUCAUUUAUUGUACUACCUCAAGUUGUCUUUAAGCUGCAGAAGCUAACAAGUUUGGAUGCUCAACACAAUGCCAUUUUGGAGAUUGACACUGAUGAAUCAAUUAGCAGCGACUGUCUGGCUGUGGUUGAUCUGCGCAACAAUCCACUGAGCAGACUCUGUCGGAACAGACUCAAAGAUUUCAGAACCAGCUUUCGCCUAGAGAUUUCAGAUGUCGUUGAUGAUGAUGAAGAUGAUUGGUAGAACUGGGAGAGCCUGUAAAUAAGUCGAAAUAAGUCCAUCGUUAUCUCUGGAAACUACUUGCUGUACACUCAAUGCAAUGUUUUCAACCAUUUGAUUUUUUUUGUGUUUAAUAAAUUCAAUGUAUAUUUACAGUAA